GCAACGGACGGGUUGGCUAUGUCUUACCCCAUAUGUAAUUGAUGGGAAGAUCAAGUCGUGAAGGUCAUCUGAAAAGAUGCACCUGAUACCUCCUGAACCAUUUGCGCCCGUCGUUUGGACCGAGGAGUGCGCCCAGACCAUCCUUGGCGACCAUUGAUGGAUUUAGCCAAGGAUGGCAGGCAUUCCGUCUAUUACCGUAUCAUUGUUGCGUUGCCUACUCUUCACGAUCCUACUGCCCGCAGGCAAUAUCUUACUUACGUAGCUUCUUUCUUGUCAUGAGGUGGAACUCCCUUGACUUUCGUUUCAGUUUUCUCUUCUCCUCCCAUACUUCUCCGUCACUGAAACGUUGCUGAUCUCCUCAGCCACCACCCGAGCCGCGCAGAGGUAGCAGCGCGUUGAGCGCCUGCAGCUACUCCCCCGAGCUUCCCCAGACUAUCAGAGAGCUCUCAACUACACAACGUAGUCAUAUCGCUUGACCCAACCGCCGAGAUGUAUGGGUCACAAUGGUCUACACUUGUGCUCCUCCCUGCACUUUUCGCCCGCACCGUUCGAUCACAGCACAUCCGCUCCAACUUUACCGCCAGAGACCUCAUUCCGAACCCAUUUGCCAUCCGUGACGACCGUCCUGAUAACUGUCCUCCAUGCUUCAAUUGCAACCUGGACGACUUCGUCUGCCACCAGUUCGCAGACUGUAGUCAGGCGAACGGACGAUGUGUCUGUCCACCCGGAUUUGGUGGUGAAGAUUGCUCACAGCCAGCUUGCGGCUCUUUAGCGGAUGGACCGGACAGAGCACCGAGACAAGGCGAUCACUGCGGUUGUACAGAAGGCUGGGAAGGAAUAAAUUGCAAUCUUUGCACCACGAACGAUGCAUGUAGAGCCUUUGUACCAACCGAAGAUGGUGACGGCGCAGUGUGCUAUAAAGAUGGUGGUCUUGUCAAGGAGAAUUAUCAGCUGUGCGACAUCACGAACAACAAGAUUGUUGAAAUGCUUAAAGAGAAGAAGCCUCAAGCUACUUUUUCUUGUAAUGCAGAGACUGAAGAGUGUAACUUUCAAUUCUGGGUUGACGAACGAGAAUCUUUUUACUGCGGUCUUGAUUCCUGCACUGCUGCAAGAGACAUGGAAGAAAAUCGGAAUAUCACCAAAUACAAUUGCGAUCACAUUCAGUGCCGAUGCAUUCCGGGGCGCAUGCUUUGCGGUGAAGAGAACUCGAUCGACAUCGGAGAUUUCCUCCGAGAAGAGAUCAAAGGACCUGCUGCAUUUACAUCCAUCAAGACAGAAGGCGGCAGCGACAACGAUGGCAGUGUCUUCACGGAGCCGGCUAUGGACAACUUGAUAGCCAGUAUCUUCGGCGAUAAGAGCAUCUUCCUAAGUUGCCGUUCCUCCGAAUGUAUGUACAAGACAGAGGUUCCAGGCUAUGAAAAGCCCGUCAAGAAGAUCAAUACUCCACUCAUCGCUGGCGUAAUCGCGGGCUGUGCACUAUUUGUGGUGGCUGUCAUACUAGGGGUCUGGUUCAUUGCUCGACGUACUGCAAGCAGGAAAGGCGGUUACAUCCAUCUAUCCGACGAAGACGAGGAUGAAAGCGCGAAGCUUCUGGCUGAUCAUCAGCCUGCGGCGCUAUAUUUCGAAAAUGUCGGCUACAACUUGAAUGGCAAGCAGAUCCUCUCUGGCGUUGCGGGAGCGGUCCACCCAGGAGAACUCAUGGCAAUUAUGGGCGCUUCAGGGGCUGGUAAAACGACGUUCCUGGACAUACUGGCUCGGAAGAACAAGCGAGGUUCUGUAGAGGGCCACUUCUACCUGAAUGGAGAGAAUGUCCUUGACGAGGAAUUUCGCAAUGUAAUCGGAUUUGUCGACCAAGAAGACACGCUUCUCCCAACUUUGACUGUACACGAGACCAUAUGGAAUUCUGCCAUGCUGCGUUUACCAAGGGAGAUGAGCAGCAUGUCCAAGGCUCAAAAGGUCGAAGAUGUUGAGAAGCAGCUCGGGAUUUACCACAUCCGCCACCAGUUGAUUGGUUCAGAAGAAGGCAGCAAUCGUGGAAUCUCAGGUGGUGAGAAACGCAGAGUCGGUAUUGCCUGCGAGCUUGUGACCAGCCCAAGCAUUCUCUUCCUGGACGAACCUACUAGUGGUCUAGAUGCAUACAACGCUUACAACGUCGUAGAAUGCCUGGUCAGUCUCGUCAAAAACUACAACCGCACAGUGGUCUUUACCAUUCACCAACCUCGCUCAAACAUUGUUGCUUUGUUCGAUCAGCUCGUCUUGCUCGCCAAAGGUAGGGCAGUUUACUCCGGGCCAUUUAGCAGCUGUCAAGCUUAUUUCGACUCUAUUGGUUACCCAUGUCCGCCUGGUUUUAAUAUCGCGGACUACCUGGUUGAUCUGACGAUGCAUGCUGGUGCCGCGCAUUCUUCAAUCGAUGAGAAUAGCUCGCUCUUCGAUAAUGUGGGCCUUCGGACAAGUGCAAGUAGUGCCAUUGGUGUCAAAUCCGUUCCGAGCGUCUCAAACGUCAGCGUCGGUCCAGACACAAUGGGAAGCCCGGGUUCAAGUUUGAGAGUGCAAGGCAAGCGCAGAACGUCCAUUCGACAACAACAAGAGCGUGACUUAUUUACUCGAAAAAAGAGCAAUACUGGAGGUGAUGGUACAACUACGCCUAAGACUGACGACGAAGUUAUUCCCGAUAAUACCCAACAGUGGCUUCGUAUGUCUCGUCAACAAGGUAAUCCUCCACCACAGAUCCUAGAGGAUCCUGACCACCUUCUCCCUCCGGCAAAUGGUGGCACGGGCACAAAUUUGGAUGCGUUGAUCACCUCGUAUGCAACAUCCGAUGUUGCCGUUUCUCUCCAGGACGACAUUCGACGCGCUGUGACCUCUGCCAAUGAAGCAAACGGUACUCCAAAUGGUGAUGGCCAAGUAAAUGGCGCUUCCACAGGGAAAAUUCGAGGCUAUCGCAAAGUUGGUAUACCCAGACAAUUCGUCAUUCUCUCGGUUCGAACGUGGCGCAAUUUAUAUCGCAACCCAAUGCUCAUGCUUACUCAUUACGCCAUCGCUAUCGUGCUAGGAGUGGCUAUUGGCUAUCUCUUCUUCGGACUGACAGAUGAUAUCAAAGGCUUCCAGAAUCGUCUAGGUCUCUUCUUCUUCAUUCUAGCUCUCUUCGGUUUCAGUACCUUGACCAGCUUGACGGUCUUUGCCCCCGAGAGACUCAUCUUCGUACGAGAGCGCGCGAAAGGAUAUUACCAUCCCUUAUCGUAUUUCUUGGCCAAGACUGUAUUUGACAUCGUGCCUCUGCGGAUUAUUCCUCCUAUCAUCUUGGGUAUCAUCAUAUAUCCGAUGACUGGACUGCUUCCUCACUGGGGCAAUUUCCUGAAAUUCAUGCUAUUCCUCGUCCUAUUCAAUCUGGCGGCAGCUGGUAUUUGUCUCUUCAUCGGCAUCUGCUGUAGGAAUAGUGGAGUUGCAAAUCUAAUAGCACUCCUUACGAUGCUCAUAUCGCUACUCUUUUCUGGUUUCCUCUUGAACCACGAGACUAUCCCAUUAACAGCGACGUGGCUGCAAACUUUGUCAAUCUUUCACUACGCCUACGAAGGUCUCCUCGUCAACGAAGUGCGCACACUAAGUCUUGUCGACCACAAAUACGGUCUUGACAUCGAGGUCCCAGGUGCCUCUCUUUUGAGCUCCUUCGGCUUCCAGGUACUUGACCUAUGGAAAGACGCCAUUGGCCUCGGUGUUUUCGCAGCUGCUUUCAUGGUACUCUCAUACUUGGCCAUGCACGUGCUGCUCAUUGAGCGGCGCUGAUGCUCUCAGCCUUUCAUGUAUCUACUUCUCCAGUUUCGCACUUGUGUGAGAUCGCUAUAACGGAGCGUUUUGGGCAUAUAGAAAGCUUGGACUGUAGGCUUGUAUAGCUCGUUUUGCAUUUCGAUCGGCGUUUUGUUUGGCUUUAGAUAUAUGAUACAACCUCAGAGUACGCAUAGAGACAUACACACAAUACUUCUCUCCA